AGGUAGCACAAAUCGGCAUGACACCGGAAGUGAGGGCAAAAUACUGGUUACACUUGCGUGUCCGGUUUUUCGAAAUCGCUUUUAUUUUAAAGAAAAAAAAAAUUCUAAAACAAAAAAAGAUGUUUUGCGUAAUAUUUACAGCAUAUUUAAAGGUAUAAAUUUAAUUUUUACUUGUUUAUAUUCUCGUGUUUCUGAAUGGCAGGGUGUAUAUAGUGUAGUCAGAGUAUUAAAGAGGCUGUAAAUGAAUUAAAUUCUAUAAACUCUAUGUAUUAAUAAACAGCGGGGAAUCAGAUGAUCCCUGUCCGGAUCUGCGAUGCUGGAUCAUCUCCUCUCCUCAUGGUUCUGGUCCGGAUCUCCUCGCUCUGGGUUCUGUACUGGAACAGCUCUGUCUCUGAUACUGGUUCUGCUGGUCUGGGUUUGUGGGAUCCACACCAGCCUGAGUUUAGGACCAGGAGGAGAAUUCCCUGGAUUUUAUGAUUUUAUCUUCUACGCCUUCAGUCACGAGGAGUUCUUGUCUCUGGUGCACAGUCUCACCCUCCUGCUGUGUCUGGGACCAUCCCAGGAGAGACGAUGGGGUACGCUGGCGUUCCUCAGCCUGGCCCUGCUCUCCACAGUCCUGCUGCCGCCCAUCUACGCCCUGUUCCUGUUCGUGACGGGGGACGAGGCCAGCCGGGUGAGCGGGUACGCCGCCACGCAGCUCGCCCUGUUCACGGCUCAGUGCCGGCAGGCGCGGCAGCGGCGGGUGCUGAGGUACCUGCCGCUCUGGUCCCUGCCCUGGAUCUUAUUACUGAUGGACCUGUUCCUGCUGCCUGGCGCUCCGGGUCUGCUGCACUUCUACGCCAUAUGCCUCGGGCUCAACUACAGCUCUGAGUUUAUUGAAAUACUGCAGAGGAUAGAAGGUCUUGGGGUGUGUUCCUGUCUGCCAGCCUGGGCCUAUAUCUCAGUUACCCCCCACUCACAUGAUAACACCUUCCAACUACCAACCUACAUCUGCCCUGCACACAGGUCUGAACUCUAUGUAGAACCGUCUCAUAUGGGACCGGUCGCCUCCACCAGCAGGUCCCAGCUGGAGGAUCACUCCCUCCUGCAGCCCUGGAAACACUCCGGCGUCUCGGAUUGGCCCCCACAGCCCGCCCUGGCGACUGACGCGCAGCUAUUGGAGGAGCAGUUGCUAAGGGCGGGGAUUCUGGCGUCGCUGCAGGAUGCUCCUGAGGGCACAGCAGACAAGGUGGAGGUGCCCAAGUCCUCAGUUUCUUCACUGAGGCUGCAGCAGCUGGAGAAGAUGGGCUUCCCGAUGGAGAAGGCGGUGGUGGCUCUGGCAGCUACAGGGCAGCUGGAUGGAGCGAUCUCGCUGCUGAUCGAGGAUCAGAUCGGGGAGAAUGCUGUGGUGGUCUCUAAAGGGAAGAAGACCCCCACCACAUAACCAGAAACACUCAGAGCUUCAUCUGAGGGACUGCUGAUACACCCACAGCACUAAAUAUCACAUUAUACACGGUGGAAAAGCGUAAUAUAACCGGCACUGAGGUCUUUUUAAGAGUUUUUAAAGGGUGUUAAAGAGGCAUUCCAACAAAUGUUCAGAAUGUACACUUUUUCAGAGUGGGUUUGGUGUAAAACACUCAAUUCUUGGUAAGUUAGAGCUUCUUGCAGCUUGCAGAAAGUUAUUACACCAAAUGCUUACAAAUGCAGCCCUGGAAAAAUGUAUAGGUAUAAUAUGUUUGAGUAAAAUGAACAUUGUUGUUUUAUUCUAUAAACUACAGACAACAUUUCUCCCAAAUUCUAAAUAAAAAUAUUCUCAUUUAGAGCAUUUAUUUACAGAAAUUUUAAAAAUGGCUGAAAUUACAAUAUUUGGUGGAAUAAUCCUGGUUUUUAAUCACAGUUUUUUUAUGCAUCUUAGCAUCAUGUUCUCCUCCACCAGUCUUACACACUGCUUUUGGAUAACUUUAUGCUGCUUUACUCCUGGUGUAAAAAUUCAAGCAGUUCAGUUUGGUGGUUUGAUGGUUUGUGAUCAUCCAUCUUCCUCUUGAUUAUAUUCCAGAGCUUUACAAUAAUAACUCAUAAUUUUUAAGUGGUCUCUUAAUUUUUUCAGGUUUUUAAAAAGAUUUUGGGUUUAAAACAGGCCAGCCACUAACUAUCUUUCCACUGUGCAACUUGAUUUAGGGCGUGUGUCUUUGCUAUCGUAACAAUGGUAAAAGUACACCUUGUGCAGCUCAAAACGCAAAGCUAAAGGCACAUACUAAUUCUGUUAGUGAAUCAUGGGUGUGGUUAAUUUUGGGCGUAAUGUGAAAUAAACCAAUUAGAGCGUCUCUUAUUCAUCAUGCCCUUUAAGAGUAGAUCAGGUGAGCUCUGACUUUGGUGGAUUGCUAUUGUAACGGUGCAGCUACCUGGACGUGUCCAACAAACUCUUCUCAGCAGAGGAAACUGAGCUGCUGGUUGACGCUGUGAAGGAGCUCCAGCAGCUCAUUUACGGGAACAGCAAUGUUAUUUUAUUUACUAUUCUGUUUAUUGUUGAUGUAAAAGUUGGGUUUGUGCUGCUGUGUGUUCAUGUGAUGCCAAGAUAGCGAUGAACGUCUGACUGUUGGCGUCUGUCUAGGUUGUAUUCAGUCAGUGGCGCUCCUGUGUUUUCUGUUACCAAGAUAAACGAGCAAAACUCCAGAAAUUUACCUGAACACACCUCAUUUCAUAACCAGAACACCACGCCCAUCAGUGUAGAUAUAUUCAGAAGCUCUGCUGCUGUUUAAACUAUGAGUCUUCAAUUUGAACUGUUUUUACAUCAAACCCGCUCUGAUUUUUUGGGUAUUUUGGGGAAACUUCUGUAUCUCCUAUGAUGAAGCUUUAUGUAUUAUUAUUUAUUAUGAUUAUUAUAAUUAUUAUAAUGGGCUUUGGGUUUGACACUAAUGAAGUAGGACUGGAUGCACUGUAUGUAUGUAAGUAAUAUACUGGUACUGUAUAUUGGGAAAGGGGUUCAGGUAUUAUAAAAAUAAUACAUAUUCUUACUCUUUCCGGCUGUAGAGCGAUAGAGUAAAGCUGCUAUAAUGUCAUUUUUAGUUUUGCGUCUUAAUGAAUUAUUCAGCAGAUCGUUCUGAACUCAAAAUCUGAUUGGUUAAAAGGUUUUAUCCAUGAUAAUUAAUAUACUGUAUAUCUGAUGACAUUCAUUUUUUAACUGUAUUGUUUAGACAGCUGCUGUUCACUUAAAAACAACAAUAAUCAAAAAUUCUAAAUCAGCCAUAACAUUAAAACCACUGAGUGGUUUAACACAGGGAAUAACACUGAUGCUCCAGAAGUUUUUUCUAUAUUAGGCAGCAAGUGAACAGUCAGUUCUUAUAUCUGCCUGUAUACCUACUGAUAUGCUAUAAUAAUAAUAAAACACAAAAUACACCCAAAUAUGAACUUUGAACCCUUUCACACCCUUUAUUCAUUAAAAUGAACAUCAUGUA